AUGGCAUCUCAAUCCGGGUUCGACGAGUCCAUCAAGGGCGCUUUGCCCGCCGACUUCACUUGGGGCUUCGCAACAGCCGCUGCCCAAGUCGAGGGAGCUUGGGACAAGGACGGCAAAGGCGAGUCCAUCUGGGACAAGUUCGCACACACGCCCGGCAAGGUCAAAGAUGGAAGCUCCGGAGACGACGCCGUGCGGUCCUACGAUCUCUACAAGACCGAUGUGGCCCUUAUGAAGAGGUACGGCGUCAGCGGUUACCGCUUCUCACUGUCGUGGUCGCGCAUCAUUCCCCUCGGUGGGAAAGACGACCCGGUCAACGAGGCCGGCAUUGCAUACUACAACCGCCUCAUCGACGAGCUGCUCGCCAACGGCAUCACGCCUUACGUCACCCUCUUCCACUGGGACACGCCGCAGGCUCUCGAGGACAGAUACGGCGGCAUGUUGGACAAGGAAAGAUACACGCCCGAUUUCAUCCGGUACGCCCGCGUCUGCUUCGAGCGCUUCGGGGACCGCGUGAAGAACUGGAUCACGUACAACGAGCCGGGGGUCUACACCCUCGCCGGUUACGCCGCCGGCGUCCACGCCCCAGCCCGUUCGAGUUUCCGCGAGCUGAACGAGGAGGGCGACUCGUCCACCGAGCCGUUCAUUGUCGCGCAUACGGAGCUCGUCUCCCACGCCUACGUCGCCGACAUGUACAAGAAGGAGUUCCAGCCGGUGCAGAAGGGCAAGAUUAUGAUCACGCUGCACGGCAACUGGUCCGAGCCCUGGGACGACUCGGACCCGCUCGACGUCGAGGCGGCCGAGCGCGCGCGCGAGUUCGAGAUUGCGUGGUUCGCCGACCCGCUGUAUAAGACGGGCGACUACCCGGCGUCGAUGCGGGCUCAGCUGGGCGAUCGGCUGCCGCGGUUCACGCCCGAGGAGAGCAAGCUCGUGCUCGGCAGCUCCGAGGUGUACGGGAUGAACUCGUACUCUGCAUUCUACGUGCGUCACCGCGACGGGCCGGCCGACAUCAACGAUCACAAGGGCAACAUUGAGCAGUUUGACGAGAACAAGCAGGGCGUGCCGCGCGGGCCGAAGAGCGACACCUACUGGCUGCGCACGACGCCGUGGGGGUGGGCGAAAUUGCUCCGCUGGAUCUGGAACCGGUACCAUGUGCCGAUUUAUAUUACGGAGAACGGCACGACGGCGCAGGGCGAGCACGACUGGAAGCCCCGGGGAGCGGAUGAUGUGCUCGAGGACCCGUUCCGCAUCGACUUCUUCAAGAGCUACCUGACCGAGGUGGCCAAGGCUUCGCAGGAGGGUGUCGUGAUCAAGUCGUACUUUGGCUGGACCUUCACCGACAACUGGGAGUGGGCGGCCGGUUUCUCGGACAGGUUCGGCGCGACGUGGAUCGACUUUGAGAGCCCUGAGAAGACGAGGUACCCGAAGAGGUCGGCUCUCUUCCUGGGAGAUUUCUUCAAGCACUUGAUCCAUAAAGAUUAG